AUGGCGGGUGAAGAGCAGGUACACAGGGCGCAUCGGCCCUCGAAAGAGAAGAAGAAGCGGGAUUCGGGUCAGCCUAAUCCCAAGGCCUUCGCAUACGCUGCUCCCGGACGAUUGGCGAAACAGGCAGCGCGAAGCCACGAUGUCAAGGAGAAGCGACUACACGUUCCGCUGGUGGACCGACUGCCAGAAGAAGCGCCACCGCUGGUUGUGGGUGUAUUGGGGCCGCCCGGAGUUGGGAAAACGACCUUGAUCAAGAGCUUGGUGCGGCGGUAUUCCAAGCAGACGAUCUCUCAGCCCACAGGACCGAUCACCGUUGUCACGAGCAAGAGGAGACGUCUGACUUUUAUGGAAUGUCCGAGUGACAGUCUAGCAUCCGCGAUCGAUCUUGCCAAAGUGGUGGAUAUCGUGCUGCUCAUGAUUGACGGCAACUAUGGCUUCGAGAUGGAGACCAUGGAAUUUCUAUCCGUGUUGAGCAGCACGGGUAUGCCAGGUAACGUCUUCGGAAUCUUGACGCAUCUCGAUCUCUUCCGGAAGCAGGACACUCUCAAGGCGCAAAAGAAAAGACUGAAGCAUCGUUUCUGGUCCGAGCUGUACCAAGGCGCGAAGCUAUUCUACCUCUCUGGUGUCAUCAACGGCAGAUAUCCAGAUCGAGAGGUCCUCAAUUUGUCGCGUUUUCUCAGUGUCAUGAAGAAUCCACGACCCUUGGUUUGGCGUAAUUCACAUCCUUACGCACUUGCAGACCGCAUGCUGGACAUCACUCCGCCCACGGCAGUCGAAGAGGAUCCUAAAUGCGAUCGCACAGUCGCGCUGUAUGGGUAUUUGCGCGGUACCAACUUUCCAGCUCACAAUGCGAGUGUUCACGUUCCUGGCGUUGGCGAUCUCAAAGUCGACAGAAUCGAAUCGUUACCAGAUCCAUGUCCGACACCUUACUUUCAACAAGCUCAAGAGAAAGCAGAAGGGACCAAGAGGCGGAAGAGAUUGGGCGAGAAGCAAAAGGUCAUAUACGCGCCCAUGAGCGAUGUUGGCGGCGUGCUCGUGGAUAAAGAUGCAGUCUAUAUCGAUGUCAAGAGCAACACUUUCAAUGCCGAAGAGGACAAUGAAGAGCGGGGACUGGGUGAGCAGAUGGUGGUUGGACUUCAAGGCGAGCGACGGCUACUUGGCGAGGACGACCAAGGGAUUGCUCUCUUCGAUCGUGGCGAACGCUUGAAGCAGCUUGAAGAUGAGGAUGAGGAUGAGGACGAUGUGCAAGACACCGGUAGAAAAAGUGCGAGGAAUGCAAAGACGGCAGACCGUGAAGAGGAUGAGGACGAGGAGCUUGAAGAUGAAGGGUUUGCCAGUGGGGACACUGAUGAUGAGGCCGAUCUUGAAGCCUUGCAGCAGGCUUCUGAGAAGCACGCUCGAUCUAAAAAAGACAAGGAUAAAGAGGUAGUUGGCGAUGUCGUGUACGCAGACUCAGACAGCGAGCUUGGCUCUCUUUCCUCCGUAUCUGACCAGGAGCUUGAAGACGGCGAAGAUUCGGACGAGGAGGGAGAUGAAGACGAGGGAGCAUCUCGAUGGAAAAGCAAUUUGGCUGAACGCGCGCGAGCAUUGCAUGGCCGUCGGCAGCCAUAUCGCAUCACUGAGCUCGCAAGGAUGAUGUACGACGACAUGCUGUCCACUGCGGAAGUCAUCAAGAAAUGGCGCGCCGAAGACGACGAUGACGAGGAUGAAGAUGGCGGCGAAGAAGACGAGGAUGAGUUCUUCCAGAAAAGAAAACCUGUAUCUGACGAGGAUGAAUACCACAUGAUACCCAGAUACGAUUACCAAGAACUCGAGGAGAAGUGGACAGACGAAGAUAACGUCGAGGCACUGCGGGAACGAUUCGCAUCCACACGACUCUCCGGAGCCAAUGCUGAGGGACUUGGGGAAAACGAAGACGAGGAGUUUGAGGGAGUCGGCGACGAUGACGAUGAAGGCGAUGGGGAAUUCGAGGAUCUCGAGGCGGGUGAGGCCAAUGCAGGAGCCGAGCAGUCAUUACAAGACGAGCGUGAGAAGAAUGCGCGAAAGAAGGAGGAACUCAAGAUGCGCUUCGAGGAAGAAGACCGCGAGGGAUUUUUGAACCCUAAGAACGCAAAUCGCGAGGCGAACGGUCAGGCCGAAGAACAAGACUACGGUGAAGACGAAUGGUAUGACGCUCAAAAGGCGCUACUGCAAAAGCAGCAAGACAUCAAUCGAAAGGAGUUUGAGGACCUCGACGAAGCUUCUAGAGUGCGCGCUGAAGGUCAUAGAGCUGGGACAUACGCCCGACUCAUCAUCCCAUCGAUACCGUACGAGUUCAUUGAGAACUUCAACGCCCGGUUUCCACUGCUCAUUGGUGGAUUGCAGCCAACAGAAGAGAGGAUGGGCUUUGUUCAGGUCCGCAUCAAGCGACAUCGAUGGCACAAGAAGAUCCUGAAGACGAAUGACCCCCUCAUUUUCUCUCUUGGCUGGCGGCGUUUUCAAAGCACGCCAAUCUACAGCAUCCACGCCGAGCGAGUACGGCACAGGAUGCUCAAGUACACGCCGGAGCAUAUGCACUGUAUGGGUACUUUCUACGGACCUCUCGUAGCUCCCAAUACUGGUUUCUGCUGCGUGCAGAGUUUCUCGAACAAGAAUCCCGGGUUUCGAAUCGCGGCGACAGGAGUUGUUUUGAAUGUGGAUGAGGGUACGGAAAUUGUCAAGAAGCUCAAGCUGACCGGACAUCCAUACAAGAUCUUCAAGAACACAGCCUUCAUCAAAGACAUGUUCGGAUCUGCGCUUGAAAUCGCAAAGUUUGAAGGCGCAGGAAUAAAGACGGUUUCCGGUGUCCGAGGUCAGAUCAAGAAGGCUCUUUCGAAACCUGAAGGCUGCUUCCGUGCUACCUUUGAGGACAAAGUGCUCAUGAGCGACAUCAUUUUCCUUCGAGCGUGGUACCCGGUUCGGCCACGCCGCUUCUACAACCCCGUCACCAACCUUUUGGAAGGCGGCGAGCCAGACUCUUGGGAAGGCAUGCGCUUGACUGGACAAGUUCGUGCAGCUCAAAGUAUCCCGACGCCGAAAGAGAAGAACAGCGCAUACCGGCCUAUCGAGCGACAAGAGCGCCACUUCAAUCCACUCCGCGUUCCACGCAAGCUGCAGGCCGAUUUGCCCUACAAGUCUCAGAUCACACAGAUGAAGCCGCAAAAGAAGCAGACGUACGUGCAGAAGCGUGCCGUGGUCUUGGGAGGCGAGGAGAAGGUCGCCAGGAGGCUGAUGCAGCAAGUCAUGACUCUGCGGAAUGAAAAGGUGGAGAAGAGGCGGCAGAAACAGGAGGAGAGGAGGCAGCCGCAUCGGGCGAAGGUUGCGGAGAAUGAGGAGAAGAGGAAGGAGCGGGAAAAGAAGGAGCGAGACGAAUUCUGGAAGAGAGAGGGCAAGAAGAGGAAGGGUUGGAAUGAAGGGGGCGAGAGCGGAGGUGGUGGUGGUGGUGGUGGUAAGAGAAGGAAGAAGGCGUAA